GGGUCUCAAAAGCCCUGCAGUCUCAUUCUCGUUCAGCUUGGAUCCUGCUUUCUAGACGCAACUGGGAGCUUCAGCUGAAACAAAGUGAAGAUGCCAGAGCCUGUAAAGAAAACAGUUUCUGCAUUUACCAAGAAGCCAAAGACAACAGAGCUGACAGCUGGAAGCACAGCUGUGUUUGAAGCGGAGACAGAAAAGGCUGGCAUUAAGGUGAAGUGGCAGCGAGCUGGCACAGAAAUUACUGAAAGUGAGAAAUAUGUCAUCAAGGCAGAAGGAAACAAGCAUUCACUGACCAUCAAUAAUGUUGGAAAAGAUGAUGACGUGACAUAUGCUGUAAUAGCUGGAAGCUCCAAAGUCAAAUUUGAACUCAAGGUCAAAGAACCAGAAAAGACUGAGGUAGUCCCUUCUGCUGAAGCCGUUCCUGCUCCAGCUGCCUUAGAGUCGCCUGCUCCAUCGAUAGAAAGUAGCCAAAGUACAGAAGUUCCAGCUGCUGGGCCCCAACCAGAAGAACCUCUGGACCCCAUAGGGCUCUUUGUGACACGACCUCAGGAUGGAGAAGUUACUGUCGGUGGAAACAUCACAUUCACUGCCAAAGUGGCAGCUGAGAGCCUACUGAAGAAACCUUCAGUGAAAUGGUUCAAAGGAAAGUGGAUGGACCUGGCAAGUAAAGUGGGGAAACAUCUCCAACUGCAUGACAAUUACGAUCGAAACAAUAAGGUGUACAUCUUCGAAAUGGAAAUAAUAGAAGCAAAAAUGACUUUUGCAGGAGGGUACAGAUGUGAGGUGUCUACCAAGGACAAAUUUGAUAGUUCUAAUUUCAACCUGACAGUCAAUGAAGCACCAAUAACCGGAGACUUGGAUAUUCGCUCUGCCUUCCGACGCACGAGCCUGGCAGGAGGGGGAAGACGGAUGACUUCAGCCUUCCUCAGUACUGAGGGACUUGAAGAAACUGGAGAGUUGAAUUUUAGUGCCCUACUGAAAAAAAGCAGCUUCCUGCGCUCAGUAAAUCGUGAAGCAAAAACUGAAUCCCAGCCUGAUGUUGAUGUCUGGGAAAUCCUGAGGAAGGCGCCUCCUUCAGAAUAUGAGAAAAUUGCUUUUCAGUAUGGUAUCACGGAUUUGCGUGGGAUGCUGAAACGUCUCAAACGUAUAAAGAAGGAAGAGAAAAAAAGUACAGCAUUCCUGAAGAAACUGGAUCCAGCUUACCAAGUGGACAAGGGACAGAAGAUUAAAUUAAUGGUUGAAGUUGCCAACCCAGAUGCUGAUGUGAAAUGGCUGAAGAAUGGACAGGAAAUCCAAGUGAGCGGCAGCAAAUAUAUAUUUGAGGCUGUUGGGAAUAAGAGGAUAUUGACCAUAAACCACUGCUCUCUGGCUGAUGAUGCAGCAUACGUAUGUGUGGUAGGUGAGGAGAAGAGCUUCACAGAAUUAUUUGUAAAAGAACCUCCAAUCCUGAUCACCCACCCACUGGAGGACCAGAUGGUGAUGGUUGGAGAGAGAGUGGAGUUUGAGUGUGAAGUAUCUGAAGAAGGAGCAACUGUGAAAUGGGAAAAAGAUGGAAUUGAGCUGACACGGGAAGAAACAUUCAAAUAUCGAUUUAAGAAAGAUGGAAAAAAGCAGUAUCUAAUUAUUAAUGAGUCAACCAAGGAGGACAGUGGACACUACACUGUGAAGACAAAUGGUGGGCAAUCAGUCGCAGAACUAAUUGUACAAGAGAAAAAGCUGGAAGUUUACCAGAGUAUUGCGGAUCUGACAGUAAAGGCACGUGACCAAGCAGUCUUCAAGUGUGAAGUUUCUGAUGAAAAUGUGAAAGGAAUCUGGUUGAAAAAUGGAAAGGAGGUGGUUCCAGAUGAAAGGAUAAAGAUCUCUCAUAUUGGCAGAAUCCAUAAGCUAACUAUUGAGGAUGUAACACCAGGUGAUGAGGCUGACUAUUCCUUCAUCCCCAAGGGAUUUGCUUACAACCUUUCUGCCAAGCUUCAGUUUUUGGAGGUCAAGAUUGAUUUUGUACCAAGAGAAGAACCUCCCAAAAUCCACCUUGACUGUCUGGGCCAGUCCCCUGACACUAUUGUCGUGGUGGCUGGGAACAAAUUGAGAUUGGAUGUUCCCAUAUCAGGAGAUCCAACACCUACUGUCAUCUGGCAGAAAGUAAACAAGAAAAGCGACCUCGUCCUAAGCAAUGAUGAUUCCACGAUUCUCUCAGAAAACAGCAGUGAUUUAAAUACUGAUAGUAAGCUUCUGUUCGAAUCUGAAGGCAGAGUUCGCGUGGAGAUGCAUGAAGACCACUGUGUCUUCAUCAUUGAAGGAGCAGAAAAGGAGGACGAGGGAGUAUACAGGGUUAUAGUUAAGAAUCCAGUGGGAGAAGAUAAGGCUGACAUCACAGUCAAAGUUAUUGAUGUUCCUGACCCUCCAGAAGCCCCCAAGAUCAGCAACAUUGGAGAAGAUUACUGUACUGUGCAGUGGCAACCCCCUAAAUAUGAUGGUGGGCAACCAGUGCUUGGCUACAUUUUAGAGAGGAAGAAGAAGAAGAGCUAUCGAUGGAUGAGACUGAAUUUUGACCUUUUAAAAGAGCUCUCCUACGAAGCCAAGCGAAUGAUUGAAGGAGUAGUGUAUGAGAUGCGGAUUUAUGCUGUGAAUUCUAUUGGCAUGUCCCGGCCAAGCCCUGCCUCACAACCCUUCAUGCCAAUUGCUCCUCCGAGUGAACCAACCCACUUCACAGUGGAGGAUGUUUCUGACAGCACUGUUGCUUUGAAGUGGAGACCCCCUGAACGGAUUGGAGCAGGGGGGUUAGAUGGCUAUAUUGUGGAAUACUGCAAGGAUGGAUCUACAGACUGGAUUCCAGCUCUUCCUGGCCUAACUGAGCGUACAACCGCACUGAUUAAAGACCUGGUCACAGGCGACAAACUUCAUUUUCGUGUAAAGGCUAUAAACCUCGCUGGUGAGAGUGGAGCAGCAAUAAUCAAAGACCCUGUUACUGUUCAAGAGAUUUUGCAGCGUCCCAAAAUCUGGCUGCCACGCCAUCUCAGACAGACGCUGGUGAAGAAAGUGGGUGAGACAAUCAAUAUUGUGAUCCCUUUUCAGGGUAAACCUAGACCCAAAGUCACUUGGAUGAAAGAUGGUCAAACGCUGAACUCCAAAGACGUGGGAAUUCGGAACAGCAACACAGACACAAUCCUCUUUAUCAGAAAGGCAGAGCUUCAUCAUUCAGGAGUAUAUGAAGUCACUCUUCAAAUAGAAAACAUGACUGAUAAAGUUGUAAUAACAAUUCAAAUCAUAGACAAGCCUGGUCCACCUCAGAGUAUAAAGCUUGUGGAUGUGUGGGGAUUUAAUGCUGCCCUGGAGUGGAAAGCUCCACAAGAUGAUGGCAAUGCACAGAUCUCAGGCUACACAGUCCAGAAAGCUGACAAAAAGACAAUGGAAUGGUAUACUGUUUUUGAUCACUAUCAUCGCACAAACUGUGUAGUGUCAGACCUGAUUAUGGGAAAUGAGUAUUUUUUUCGAGUCUUCAGUGAAAAUUUGUGUGGAUUGAGUGAAACUGCUGCAACCACCAAAAAUUCUGCUUAUAUUCAAAAAACAGGCACUACUUAUAAGCCACCUAGUUACAAAGAACAUGACUUCUCUGAACCUCCUAAAUUCACACACCCUUUAGUAAACCGUUCUGUGAUUGCAGGAUACAACACCACACUCAGCUGUGCUGUACGAGGAAUCCCUAAGCCAAAGAUAUUCUGGUACAAAAACAAAAUGGAUCUGUCUGGAGAUGCCAAAUAUCGCAUGUUCAGUAAACAGGGUGUGUUGACCCUGGAGAUCCGGAAACCGACUCCAUUUGAUGGUGGUUUUUACACCUGUAAAGCUGUUAAUGAGUGUGGUGAAGCUGAAAUAGAGUGCAGACUGGAUGUCAGAGAGUUUGUUAGAAGCCCAAGCAAGAUUGUGUUUUUCAUGCCAAACCAUUAUGACAGAAUUGGGUUACUUGACAGAAAUGCAGGACUGAAGAUUGACAACUAUUAUGCUCGAAGUUAGUGAUUCUAGAGAAGAAAUUUAGCACUGGAAUGGAGCACCUCAGUAAAACUCUGAAUUUCAGCACAUCUGCAAGUCAAGGUUUCUUCUAGUUACACAGCCCCAGUCUCCAGGUGAAGAAAUCCAGAGAAAGCAAGAUAAAAAAAUUUCUCCCCAUUAUAUACACAGAACAUGUCUGAAAAAAACAAACAUAACACUUACACAUGAAAUUAAUCCAUUCCUAAGGGUGAACAUUAGUCCUCAAAUUGUGCAGUUCCAUUUUCUUUUCUCAAUAUUCUGAGAUUGUUCAUCAAAGCGGCUCAGAAAUAGUGAAAUACUAACAAAUAAUUUUUAAUACUCUUUCAACUUUCAUUAUACUGAUCUCUGCACAACAGAAAGUAACUUUCACUCCUGCUCUUAUUGCUAAUGGUUGAUAUACUCACUUCCAUGCUCUUGAGCAAAUCUUUGUAGAUCCAUGUCCGAAACACACCAUUCAACAAUUUCUGGCUUAAACUAUUAUUCCACCUUAUAUAGAAAAUAGUUUAUUUGAUAAUAACUUACUAUGGUUUUUCUAGUUAUUUUUUUAAAGACACCAGCAUAAGGAUACAGAUAUUAGAUGUUUCUGCUACUGAUUAUAGCUAUCACAUAAUAAUGUACAGAGAUAAUAUUGAACAUCACAUGAAGCAAUGUAAGAUGUAGCAAGGAAGAUAACUUGCACAUAAAUAAAAAUUUCUAAAUAAAAACCUUAUUACUGUAAUCUAAUAUCAUGAAAAGCUAUAAAAAAAAAUCUAUGAACAGUUACAUAUUUUUCCAGGUAAUUAAGUCCAGUGAAAGUACAGAGUUUCUGGCUUCUAACCUCAUAGUUUGAAUAGGGAUUUGUUUGGAUUUUUUGACCUGCAGUAGUAGUCAUUAGUUUCUGGAUGGAAGUUGCUUUUUCAUGAAACCACAGUACAACAGAAGGUCGGAAGACAAAAUUAACUCAAGAAUCAUUGCUUUUUGGAAGAAUAAGCACAAACAAACUGAAGUAAUACUCCAGACUUCCAACUAUUCUCCUGCCUCCAAUGGGCUAAUUAAGAUGGGAAAGCGUGUCUGACAGCAUGUUAAUUGUACUAAACAAGCAAAGAAAUCUUCACAAUAAAAACAUUUAGCAAUGA